GUCGCGCGUCUCGCAAGUCUCUCGCUCUCUCCGCAGUUAAAAAUCCGCGCCGACCGCGCGCGGCGGACGUGCACCGUAUAGUGUCGUCGUGCGAUUCAUCGGGGAUCCGAUCGGCAGGUAAUAUCCUCCCCGUGGUGCGACAGAGGGGCAACGAAGAAGCGCGGAACAAAGAACACCGUGCUGUGCUGCUCGCGUGCGAUACCGCUGCAGGCGCAGAGGUAGAAAGUAGAAAGAUAGAGAGAGAAAGAGGGAGUGAGGAAGAGAGAGAGAAGGAGAGAACAGAAGUACAUAUCGAGGAGUGACAUAUAACAGUGUGUAUACAUCGGUGACCCCCCUGGGUGUGUGUGUGUUGCGGGGGUUGUGCGUAGCAGAGCCUCUUCUCCGAGGCGAUUCGGCGCUCCGCGCCACCGCUCCUACGCUCCAUAUUCUUCCCCGUUCUUCCCCCCCCUCCGCCGCCCUCGCACAGCGGCGGCGGCGGCGGCGGCGACGACAGCAACAGCAGCAGCAGCCGAGGAACUCGUGUCCCAUUCGUCUGUUCGUCGUUGCGUCGCAUUCGCCCCACAGAGGCUGUCACGCGCGCUAUUAAUACACCCCUUCGUGCCGACGAUCGUCUUACGAGCGGUGCGGGGAGCAGCGGGUGUCCGUGCCAUGCACGGCGAGUAGUGCUGUGUGUCUACACGGGGGAGCACGAGUUCGACGAGAAAGAGAGAGAAAGAGAGAGAGAGAGAAACCUGAUCGACGGGAGAGCCAGACAAAAUAACGUGACUUAGGGGUGGUAGAAGAAGAAAGAGAAGAAAGAGAGGAGCGGGAACGCUGGACGACCGUCGACGACGACGACGACGAGGAGGAGGAAGAGGAGAAGGAGGAGGAGAGGAAGGUGGAGCGACGCGGUGCCCGCGGUCCGGGUGCUAUGGAGCGGGGACUCUGGAUGCGGGACCGACUCCUGGCCGGUCGCCGGCUCGUGAUACGUGCCACCGAGUGGCCCCUGUGGGACGUGUGCUGCCGGAUGUACCGUCGAGUCGCCGUGGGUCACGGCGACGACGGCGACGCCGUCGGGGUGACGCCGUCACCGGGGGAAACGACGGCGACGACGACGACGACGACGUUGUCGUCGCCGUCGGCGUCAUCGCCUGGUCCGGCAUGCCGGAGCGAGGUGUGCCGAUACUGCCGCGCCAUGGAGAAGACGCUGCUCUGGGAGGACUUCACGUUCUUCGUCAACCUCUACCUGAUCGUCGUGCUCAACGUGACGUUCUGGCUCUAUAGCGUGAUUGGAGUACCGGCAUCGCGGAUACCAUUCAGGGUUCUCACCGUGUACUUUAUUAUCCAAGUAAUGAUCGCUUUCAAAUUCAUGGACACCCUGGCCCCUGCAGCGGAGCGUCAAAGGGUAUGCAGUAAGCUUCACUGGCUAUGGAAGAGUCUGCUGAAGUUGCGGAGCGAGAAACCAGGAUUGUACUGCACCGUCCUUUGCCUUGUGGCCUUCGGCUUGUGGCUCCUCGGUCACAUCAAUCCGUCGACCCCUUAUUCGAUAUACUGGGGCAUCGUAUUGGGAUCUCUGAUACUGCGGUUACCUCUGAAAUUGUCUGACAAAGUAUCGGAGUACUUCAUGUCACACAAAGAAUGGCAAUGCGACAGCGAAAUCGAGGAUGAAUUUUUACCAGUGGUGACCGAGGCGAAUCUGCAGGUGUUGAACCGAGUGGGAGAGACGGGCGAUCACUCGCCAACACCGACGAGCAUGCAAUCGGACACUCAGAACGAUUCUUUUUAUGACGAGGAUUUCAUCGAGGGCCUCCAGGAGAUAGCGUUCAACAUACCGUACCACGGUGAAGGUAGUACCGAUGGUGUCGAGCUGUCUGAACUGGAGCUUAGCGUCGGCGAGAACGAUGCCGAGGAGAAUGGCAUAAAGUUUCAGACCGGCCACUUCGAAAAGAGCUCCUCGUCCUCCUCCGAGGACGUUUUCGAUGGGAAGAAAAUAAUCACGGUCAGCAGCGAUGAGAGCAACGGCGGCGAUAGCGACUUCGAGAUAAUCGACAAGGAGGAAAUAGCGAAGAUAGAAAUGUGAUAAAAUCGGCAAGAAAGUGAGAGAUCAUCGUGCGCGAUUGAAUUGAGAAAUGAUGACAUAAAGCUGAAAAAAAGCCAUCUCUCUGAUCUCUGUAAAAUAAAAAAAAAGCAGAUUCAAUCGACCAAUGAUAGCGACUUUGCUUGAAACGCUUCGAUUGUCUCGGUCGUAUACGUGAUGGUGUAGGUCGAAAUAAUUAAAAUAAUGUUAAUUUUUAAGUCACAUAUUUGUCUCCCGAUCGCGACGAUGUACUCGCGUGCGCGCGUGUAUAAAGUACCGAUCUCGGUCGGAAAGCGCAGGAAGAUGAAAAGAGAAAGCAAGAUUUAUUUAUUUAGACGAAAUCAGUCGGACGCCCGUAUUCUUUGCUCUCUCUACCACUUCUCUUCUCGCUUUACUAUUCUCUUCCGUUGUGAGAAGAAGUGAAGGAAGAGGGAGAAGUGGGGAGACUCGAGAAUAAGGGGACUCAACUGUAGAUACGUUAUACAUGUACAAUAUGAUACCACUGGUACUGUAUUUAAUGUUCUGGAUGAUAAGUAGGCGUAUGUACAUUUGCAAUGUAAUAAAUAUGCACCUGUGUACAAACGUUUUAACCUGAAGAGUCGUCAGUUCGUUUUGACCUAAUUGCUAUGAUUGCAACAGCGCCACUGCGACAGUAAAUAAGGAACGCGAAAGGUACCUAAUACGAUCAAAUUAAAAGGUGCACUCCAGGUAGCGCAAAUGAUAUUUUAAAUGUAAGAAUGUACUAUAACUGCAACACGUGUCUGUGAGAUGUAUAAAAAAAUACGCGAAAAGAGAUUAACGAGGCGUUUGCUGAGUCUGACACGCGUUUUUGUAGCCCGUUUAUAAUUGGUGUUUGUUCUUGUCUACGCAUCUCGUACAUUUGAAAAUACACGACAGACGAUACAAAAAUA